AAAAAAAACGUGGACGACCAACUUUUGGCCUCGUUCACUCGAGAGCGAGAAGUACUGAUACAACAGCUAGCCAGAAAUGAGCGGACCAUGGACGAGUUCCGUCGAGGGAUUGAGCAGAUCCCCCUGAUGGAGCGCAACGAGUUGAUCCGCGAAGUUUUGCUGAUGGAAUACCGGAUUGGGCACCUAGAAAUCGACAAAAUGCAGCUGCAAACGUUGCGAGACCUGCAGAUUGGCGCCAGCCCUCGCUUGGAUGGUCAGCACGGUAACAAUGAUGAUCUGGUCAUGGACCCACUGGACGUGAGGCUUCUCUCGGAGUCGCUACCGAACGAUCUCCACCUGGACCUACCAGCUCUAAUGUCAGGAAGUCCACAGCCGCAAAGUUCUGAUCGCGACAGUAUUCGUGUCCAUCUACCAGAUAUUAAAGCUACCAAGACUGCAAGUGGCCGAGGAGGAUUUCUUGAAGAGCUCCGAGAACACCUUUACCCCAGUAAGGCGAACAGGCAUCGCGACAAUCACCAGCAAGUGGCAGCAGCAUCUCCUGUGUCCUAUCACAAGCAUUGGGGUCUGCACUUGAAUAACGCCUCACUCCCGUACAUUCGGCUGAAGAAGAAGAACACUGUGCCGCUUUACGUCGAACCGACUGGAAGUCUGGCAGCCGUGCUUUCGUUGGGGAAAUCGCCUUCGACGACGGCAGUGGCAGAGCCUUACCUCAAGUCGCUCAAAAAUCGUCACAAAAAGCCACCCCGAGCAAGCAAG